AUGCAACUCAAAAACGUGUUCAACGCCGCAGUCAUCGGCAGUGCUGUCCUGACAGCCGCUCACCCCGGGCAUCAUGAGGAGCAUGCCUCUCCGGGGGUUCAAGUUCUCAAAAGAGAUGUUCACCACGGGCUACAGAAAUGCUCGACUCGCUUGGAUCAGAGCGGCUUGCAAGCCCGCGCUGAGGCCCGUCGUAAGUCUGUGGUUGAGUUGCACCGCCGGCAGCUCAUGACCCGAGACACUAGCACUGUCCUGGAUAAGUCUCACAACAUGACUGGUAGUGCUCCCACAUCCUCUGCUGAAGAAAUAUUCAAGAACUCGAAAGAGAAAAUCUGCUUACUUGGUCCGAGUCCGGAGGGAGAGACCGGGCCGUACUGGAUUCCCGGAGAAAGAAUCCGUUCGAAAUUGCGUGAAGGCGAGCCUGGAGUGCCGGUAAUCAUGGAACAACAAUACAUCGAUAUCAAUACCUGCGAGCCUAUCCCAGAUCUCUACACUGAGAUCUGGGGUUGCAAUGCUACUGGUGUCUAUUCCGGCCUUGUUGCGGAGGGCAAUGGAAACGCCGCGGACCUUGCGAAUCACCAGCGUACCUUCUUGCGAGGUGUCCAGAAGACAAACGCGGAUGGAGUCGUUACAUUUGACACCUUGUUCCCUGGCCAUUACGAUAGCCGGACCACCCAUUACCACAACAUCGCUCAUUUCAACGCUACUCUACUUCCGAACAACACCCUUACCGGUGGAACGAUCCCGCAUAUCGCGCAAAUUUUCUGGGACCAGGAGAUUAUCAACACCGUGGAGUCGACCUACCCGUACAACACGAAUGACAUUCCCAUCACUGCCAAUGCUAAGGAUCGAGUCGUCGGGCAGGAGACCGAAGGGAAUGAUGCGGAUCCGAUGUUGAACUACGCUUACUUGGGAGAAAAAGUGGAAGACGGUCUUUUUGCAUGGAUUACUGUUGCAGUCAACGUCUCAGCUGUUCACUACCCCUACUACACCAACGUUUGGACGGCCAACGGUGGAGUUGCGGUUAAUGGUACUUCGGACGGUGACCCGAGAGGCAUUGAUGGGGGACUCCCUCAGAGCAGCAGUGCUGUCUCUACUACCACAUCGAGCAACUAA